CUCACAGUAUCAACAGUGGAAACAAUGCUGCCCAUAGAAGAGAUACUUAUCACUGCUCUUAAAGAGCAUGAUUACCGUGACAAUAACUCUGUUAACGUUGACGAACACAUUCAACGAAUAAAAAGACAGUUAGACGACCCAUCAUCCAUCCGCCCGUACUCCAAAUCAUCCACCCCUCUAUCAGUUGUCUCUUUCCAAUGUCUUCUUCAGGAUACUGGAUACCCCAUGGAGGUGUACCUUCCGGGGAAUAUCGAAACUUCAGACCAUGUAGAUUGGAGUAAGCUGAAAGAAAGAUGGGUCGGCUGGGGUGUUGAGGUCCCUGGGGAACAGACUUGGGUAAAGGGAAAGACGGACCUCGCUGAUGGUUUGCAACAGCUUUCCAUAGAGCCUCAACCACUUCCGUCAUCUGUUCACGCAAAGUAUCCUCUUCCAGAGCGAAAAGGCGAAUAUGUCGGGGCUUUAUUAAAGGUCUACGACGAUGCUUCUUUCAGACCUGCAUCGACACACGAAUUCAUCGGACUAUUAUCCACUUCGCCCAUGCCCUCGAACGAGCCCGAAGAAGCUGAUAUAGUGCCCACCAUCCACGUUCUCUCUCAACGCCAGGAUACGGCUGCUCAUGAAGUCACGCCGCAAGACGAAGAAAUCCGCGAAGAAUUGCUCGACUACCUGGCAACCGCUUUCAACCCACCAGACAGGACUGCGGGCGAAUACCUUUUGCUCCUCCUUCUUUCUUCUCCCACCGCUCGCCCUGCAUCUCUCCCCGUGCUCGGUACGCUUUCUCUCAACUUUAGACGUCAAGCCUCAUCCACAACCUCUCCCUUCAAGUCGGUGAUCUCCUCGAUCUCUCCCCGCGUCGUACCCCUUCCACUCACCAUCCCCCUCUUACAUUCCCACCCGUUUUCCCCUAGCAUGACAGAUACCACCGGUCUCAACGCCGGGCUUUUGCAGCUCAGCGAGGGGACGGUGUUGGUGGUGGAAGAAGAUGCGAUGGGUGACGGCGGUGCGCUCAGUGAAAAGGCGCUUGGGAACUUGAAAGCCCUAGUAAACUGCGUCAAGGACCAGAAAGUCAAGUAUGAGUACCCUUAUAUGGAUGGGCUCAAGAUGGAUUGUGCUGUCAGAGUGGCUGUGCUCAGUCAAGGCAAGAGUUUGCUCCCUGUUGACGUAGAUAUUCCUCUUCGGGAAGACGGCACGGCACCCACCAAACCUCCUUCGCUUGAAGCUUUUCGCUCAUACCUUGCACGAUAUUCUUCACCUACCCACGCUUCACGGCUGGUCAUCCCUGACGAGAUUUCCCAGCUCAUACAGGAUCACUUUGUCCAAGAACGCAAGUCUAACGCUGCCGAUGCAGAAGAGGCUUUGAAAAGGCGAAUGAAAGUUGCGAGAAUCGUCGCCUUAUCUUACCCGCACGCGACACUGAACAAGGAGGUUUGGGAAAGAACUGUUAGAUUAGAUCAAGAAGUAGCCAAACGACACGCAAUGUCAUGAACAUGGAUACACUAUUUUAAUUGUUUUUUUUUAUAAAGCCCUCCUUACGCGUCUAUAAGAUUAUCUUCCUUAUUCUCUUCGGGUUGUUCAG